GGAAUUAAUUAUUAAAAAUGUUUUUAUUGACGUCAAUGCUGGUAUUGUUAUCUAUUGUAAUAGGGUCUGAAUUAGUUAAUGCUGGAGCCAUCCCACCAACUGUAAUAAAAUCAAUUGAAUCUCAAGAACCAACGCCCACUAUUGAAGUACUCUGUUUUAUUGACUAUAAUACAUAUAACUACUAUGCUGGUGGAAAAACUGGUAGAAAAGCCGAUGCAAAAGUUGAAAUUUACUUUUUAUCAUUUUGGAAAAAUGUUGAUCAUUAUUUUUCACUUCUCAAUGUUCGUAUAAGGCUCAAAGGAUUAAUAAUUGCACAUACAAAAGAAGAAGAAAAUGUUUUUUUAAAGAGUCACAAACAUGAAACACUUAAGGGUUCUUAUGAUUCACCUGCCGCACUACGCAGUCUUGGUAAAUAUAUUUAUUCCAACAAGACUCUUCCUGCUCAUGAUUUAGCAAUCCUUAUAACCAAAUCUACGUUAUGCAAAGAGAUAAAAUUAAAAGAAGAUAAUACAACCGAAUCAACAGAGAUUUUAAGAGAAUUUUCAUGUCUACAUACAAGUGAUGUUGCAAUACCUCUAAGAGGAAUGUGUACUCAAUCAGAUGAUGACAAAACUGUGUCAACUUCAGUCAUAAUUAAAGUUGCAGAUAUAUAUGUAGGAGUCAGAGACACAGUCUUUGCAAUUGGUCAAUCACUGGGUAUUCCAAAAGAUGGUGACAAAGAUGCUGAAGAAUGCAAAUCUGAAGAUGGAUAUUUUAUGGCUGGCGAGAUUUAUCUUAAUCGUCCUCAUAAAUUUGGAUGGUCUGAUUGCAGCGUUCAAGCCUUUAAAAACAGUCUAAACAAAUCUUCAACAGAAUCCAUAUCGACUUGUCUUUUUAACAAAUCAAAUAAAAAAGAAAUUGAUUUUUCAAAAGCUCCAUUCCCAGGAGAGAUUUUAUCGUUGGAUAAUUAUUGUAUAAAUUUAACCGGGAAUGUACACAAAGCAUGUAAUUAUGAUGAUGUUUGUACAUCAUUGACGUGCGCAUAUGACGAAGAUUGUGAAGACACACUUAAAGUUCCAGCUAUCGAAGGUUCAUGGUGUGGAGGCAACGAGACAUCAACCAUGCAAUGUUUUUAUGGAAAAUGCGUUGUUUCUUCUGCUCAUAGACCCAAUAAGUACGCUGAAGCAGAGUACAUAGUUUAAUUUUACUAAUCCGUCAGCUAUCAAAGGUUUAUAUAGUGUAACGAAAACAUUAGAUGUGCAUAUGGAAAAUGCGUUUUUUCUUCAUUUCAAUAGUACAUAUACGCAAAAUAAAUUAUAUUAAUAAAAUUUUAAAAAAUUUAUUUUAAAUUUCA